AUGCCUCAUUUAAAAGAAACGAAAGAGAAACAGCCGUUGUGGAAAGAUUGGGAUUAUCUUGCCCAGAAAAAAGGUGUUCGGCAUACAGUGUAUUCCGUCAAUGGGGAUCAAUACACGGGGGAAUGGCUAGACAACAAAAAAGACGGUAAGGGAACUUACAAGUGGAAAUCAAAUGGAGCCCUGUAUGAUGGGGAUUGGAAGAAGGGCAAGCGAAAUGGAUUUGGGACAUAUAGUGUUCCAGAUGGAAAGGGGGGCUACAAGAAAGAAUACUCUGGAGGCUGGAAGAAUGAUAUGCGACAUGCAUAUGGGACACAAUUUUACACUGAUUCAGAGUAUUAUGAAGGAGAGUGGUAUGCUGACAAACGAAGUGGCUGGGGUCGUAUGUACUUUAAGGAUGGUACGAUAUAUGAAGGAGAAUGGUAUGAUGACCAACGUAAUGGCCAAGGCAUGAUCCGAUUAACCAAUGAGAAUCGUUACGAGGGAUCCUGGCGGAAUGAUAAAAAGAAUGGGCCAGGGAAGUUCUUCUACCUUACUACAGGACAGGUGUAUGAAGGUGUAUGGAAUGAUGACAUUGCAAAGUGUGGUACAAUGAAGGACUUUGGUCGAGAAGGGGCACCAGAACCCACACAAUAUAAAAUACCUAAGGUUGAAUUAGCCAAUUCUGAUGCAGUGUUACAAGAUGCUGAGGAGACAUUUCUACAAGAUCAUGAGUGA